UCUAAUAUUGUUAUUUUCAGAUUUCUGACAACACUGAACUCAAUUAAACUCGGGACUUCUCUGAAAACAACAGCCAAGAUUAAUCAAGGAUAUACACUUUUUUAUCCUUUCUUUUUUUUUUUUUUUUUUUUUUUUUUUUUUUUUUUUUUUUUGAAAAUUUGCAAUGAAAAGAAAGAAGAAAUUGGAUAAAGAGAUGGAAAUACAACAAUAUAUAUGUAUAUAAUUCAUCAUCAAUAACCAAUGACAGAAUAAAUAUUUGAUUGUAAAACAGUAGGACACAAAAAAUAACCCAAAAAUCUGAGAAAUAUAUUUGAGUAAAAAAAAAAAAGGAAGACAAGUGACACAAACUCAUAGAUAACAUCCCACUCUCCUCCCCAGAAUCUUAUCAACCAAUCAACAAACAACAUUAAGUUUUUCCCAGAAUGCUACAUUUCAACAAAAUGAUUAAGAUAAUAAAUAUAAAGAAAACAAAAUAAUUUUAAUGGAAAAUUUUGGACGAAAUGGAAAUUGUAACUGCCAAUAACUACACAAGACCUACUCUGAAAUAUUUCUGAAAUAUCUGAAGAUGGUCAGAUACAGAGAAAUGUGAAUCUGUUUGCUUACAUAUACAUUCAUAUUCCUAUACAGUGUGUACAGAAAAAUCUAUACAUAUUCAUCAAUAUAUGUAUAUAUAAGUAUAUCUAUAUCUAUAUAUAUAUAUCUCAAGAGAGAGAGAAAUAAACACAUGAUAUUAUAUACAUAUUUGCAAUAAAAAAUUAAAAAAAAGGAAAAUAGAUGUAUCACUAUCUGCAUUUCUAGAAACACGAUAAUAUAAGAACAAUGAACAUGAACGAGGAAUCGGAAUCUGUGCCAAGCAAUGGCAGUCUCCCAGAAAUACUUACAGUCACCAUACUUUCUACAUUUAAUGACAGCAUGGGAGAAAACGGUGAAAGAGCAGCACAGGUAUUUCGGGCACAUUCUUUAAUUGUCUCGAUGUUUGCUUUGGCUUUCACAGCGGUGGUUGGAUUCCUCAGCAGUAGUGUUGUAAUUACAACACUGGCCAUUGGCCGUCUGAUAAAGGAUCACUACUACAUUCUACUAACUACACUCCUCAUAAUUGCCAUCAUUUUCAAUGUGAUAUGGUCACCAUUGGAGAUCAUUUGUCUACUGAUGUAUCAUAAUGGUAACACAUUGUUCCUGUCUAUGAAGGAGACAACACAUUCAUUAUAUCUACUCUUAAUUGCAACCAAGGCCGGACUGUUGUUUUUGAUAGCUCUUUGGUUCUUACUGAGUCAAUAUGGUUGCUCAAAAGCCUGUCGAAAGUUCUUAGUUUAUAUUGGGCUACCAUUGGUUAUAAGCAUAGGAUUUGCUAUUGGUGUUUUGUAUGGUGUGCUAUCAUAUUCAUAUGAACUAUCUGCAGAUAGUCAAUCAUUUUAUCACAUCUUCAAUAGUAAGUCUUACCUUAUGAAGGUCCUGGUGCUUACCAUAUUAAUUGGCUUAUUGUUCAUUAAAUGCCUUCUGUUUCUGGCAGUAAAACUCAAACAGAAGACAAUAGAAAAACCCAGAGCAAACUCUGUAGCUUCCACAUCCGAACACUCCAUAACCCUACCUACGUUGACUCCAAGUGAUUCUGGUGGUGAGUACAAAGAGCUGAAAUCAAAACCAUUGCGAAAGAAUUCCCACCCCCCAAACCAGUUACUUGUAAGCAAUAAUCCAUCGGGUGUGACACAAGUUGAGCCACCAACACAUAAGAAAAAUAGCUUCAGCUUUAAUUCAGGAGCAUUCCUGCAAAUGUUCGGUCGAAGGCGGCACACAAUCUGCCAAUUUGGAGAAAUUGGUGACAAUGGCUACACAGACCACCAGACCCAAGCACAAGGAUAUCAAUAUGUCCGGAAGUUUUCGGUAGAUAUUGCAGCAUUGCAGGCCCAAUUGGAAGAUCCGAAAAGCCAUAGCAGUAUAUCAUCAUUCAAAUCUGCUGAAGAUCUGCCUCCAAAUCCAUUUCAACCGCCAAGUGUUCGGACACCGUCCAGCAUCGAGGAAGCAUCAACAUCAUUUAAGUCAAUUGGCAAAAAGUCUUCUGUACCACCACGAAUCACGGUUGAAUCGGUGGUGGAGGAAGAAUCGCACCCAUCAAUCAGCAAGGAGAUCCACAACGUAAGCAUGACCCAGUGUUACAAGAUCUGUGUCAUCUUGCUCAUCAGCUUCCUUGUUUCUAUAAUGCCAGUUUAUCUAACGGAGGCCAUUCGUAGUCUCAUCUCUGUGGAUUCUUACAUCAACAGCCUCAUCUGUACCACAGCUCUGUCUGGUCUCUCAACAGUUAUCUUCCCCCUCACAGUUAUUUUCACAGAUGCCGCAGUUUACAAAGCCUUUCGUACUAUGCUCAGCCAGUGCUGCCUCGGAGCUGACAAAGACACUGCUCUGAAAGAAACUCAGUCAAUGUUACCUUCAGUAGUACCAUCAGACAGCAGAAUCAGUCAACUCUAGAAUAUUCUACAAAGAUCUUGUAAUGUGGUUGGUUUCUCCAUGCAGCUCCAUCAUGGAAUCUCAGAAAUGUCAACAUUUAAAUAUUAAUUUAUGUAUGAAAUAUACUAUGUCCACAUCCCAUACUGGAAAUAUGAAUAAAACAUUUCAUACAAGAAUGUAUAUAUAUAGAUCUGUACGUGCGGGGGUGGGGGUGCAUGCGUGCGCUGUAAAAAUGGCUGUAAGACCUCAUUGAAUAAAGACAGUGAGCCAGUUUCAAUCCUCAAGUGAGAUGCUAACAUUCCUUGUGAAAAAUUCCCUAUAUACUUUCAUCUUAUAAACUCUAAUGACAAUACAUAUAUAU